UCGCACCACUUCUUAAACUGGAACAAAGACAGUUAAGCACUCACCGUUACAAGAUCUACGAGAACACCAUUUGUUAGUUGUAUUUCCAUUUGAUAAAACAACAGGUAGCUUCGAGAGUAAUUUGUGUAGAAUUCAAAUCAACACUUCUGAAUUGUAACUGCGAUUGAGGAACACCCGAUUCGCUAAAAUAGAUUUUACAAUAUUCUGUGGACGAAUCCAUCGAGUGAAAAUGCCUCAUCUUAAGACCGAGUCGCGAGUACUGCCUGUACUGUUUCUCAUCGCUUUGCUCUCAUCAGUGAAUACUGCCCCAACGUUUAUGCGAUCAACGGCAUCAAAAUGCAACCGGCUCAACUGCAUAACCACGGGGUCAAACGGCACGCCAGCUGGUGCAACAUCCCCCGGCGACGGAGACAUGAUCGAAAUUACCGAGGAAAAUUUGAAACAGGAGUCUCUGAUAACGGUCAAGAGAGGAGCAAGCACUGAUCUCAACUUAAGCGGCAACGACCAGCUCACUGAUGUCGUUUCUCUUUUAGAGAGUCAGGAUAAUGGAAUGAAAGUGACAACUGGAGAUGUUUUACUUGCGGUUUCUGAUACGCAGAGCAAACGCAUCGCAAAGAGCGCUACUGAGGGUGGAUGCACCGCGAAGAGGACUGUAGGGCUAUCCACUACGGAAACAACGUCAGAAACAAUACCUAUGCGAGCAAUGUGUCAGUGGGUUUACACACAGAACGUUAGCGAAACAAGGAACCCGCCAAAAAUGGAGUUUGCAGAACUGAAAGAUGGCGCAUGCGCAAAGUGUAUCGACAGUACUGGUAGGGUGGUGACUGACAGUCAUUGUGAACUCUUCUACUACUCAGCUCCUGUUGAAAGAAGAAUCAAUGGAAAAUGGGUGAAAGGGACAGAGAACGUCCCCCUUGCUGGAGUAUGCGUCAAAACCAAGCAAUAGGCAACCGCAAGGUGGCGCCCUUUACCGAGACACAAACGGGUUCAAUACAGCAGGUUUGAAUAAAUAAAGUGCUGUUUUAUGUUAUUUUUUAACAACUAUUUAGCCUAUUAUAUAUUUUAUUAAUGGAACUUCUACAUUAUUUGACUUCCUCACACCUCCUAUGGUACUCAGAGCGUGAGCUAUAAAUAUGGAAUAAUAUCUAAGUGACCGAGUCCUUUUGACCUCUAGCCGAGCGAAGGUGCCCAACUCAGUAAUAUUAUUUGUCAAAGACCAGUCUUCUCACAUUACAGUAUCUCAACAUUUGCUUAAAUAUAGCAAAC